UGGAAAUGCAGAUUUCUAACAUUUUCAUUUCAAUUUUCAUUCCAAUUUCCACGGGAUUGGAUUAGAGACUCAAACGUAAAAAUGGGUUUUGUAUAGUGAAAAUAAAUGAACUGAAUUUCGAUCUUCUUUUCUUUUCGAUCGAAACUUAAAAAUAAGCUCUCAACCAAACUGUAUUUUUUCUGCUUUUCGAUCAUCUUCCAGUGAGCUUGGCCGGUCCUGACUCCUGAGAACUGGGCGAGAGAUUUUCGGGAUAGAGCGAUGGAGGGAAGGGAAGAAGCGUCAGCAACUGAAUUCGGGCUUUGGAAUAGACAAACAGUACCAGAAGUUAUGAAAAUACUGAGCACUAGACUCCCCCAGAGAGACCUCACCUCCCUAUUGCUCCUCAGCCCUUGGGUUCACCGCGCUCUCAACUCUCACCCCUCCCUCUGGCUGGCACUUGAUUUUCAUGAGAUGACUGAUGCAGGAAAUCGCCUCGUGGCUGCCCUUUCUCUUCUAAGAUAUCGGAAUGUGAGGCAUAUAAACCUUGAGUUUGCACAGGGCGUCGAAGAUGGGAACCUCCAAGAUGUCAAGAGAAAGUGUGUGGAUUCCCUUCAAAACCUUGAGAUAUUGAAUCUAAAUGGCUGUCAAAAGAUCUCAGAUAAAGGAAUUGAAGCCAUAACAAGUAUUUGCCCCAAACUGAAGGGAUUAUCCAUAUAUUGGAAUAUCAGGGUCACAGAUGCUGGCAUAAUGCACUUAGUGAGAAACUGCAAACUUGUGGUUGAUUUGAAUUUGAGUGGAUGUAAGACUAUUACAGAUCAAACGUUGCAUCUAAUUGCUGACACCUAUCAAAAUAUGGAUUCGCUGAACAUCACUAGGUGCAUCAAGCUGACAGAUAGUGGUUUGCAAAGAAUAUUGCUGAAAUGUGCUUCUCUUCAAAGUCUGAACCUUUAUGCCCUUUCUGUGUUUAUGGAUGAAGCUUACAAGAAGAUAUCACUUUUGCCUCAUCUGAAAUUCCUUGAUCUCUGUGGUGCCCAGAAUCUUUCAGACGAUGGGCUUUCUUGUAUUGCACAUUGUAAAAGGCUACUGUCUCUCAAUCUGACAUGGUGUGUAAGAGUUACCGAUAUGGGGGUCAUAGCAAUUGCGCAAAGUUGCAUUUCCCUUGAAUUUCUAAGUUUAUUUGGAAUAGUUGGGGUGACUGACAAAUCCCUGGAGGCACUCUCAAGCUCCUGUUCAAAAACACUAACAACUUUGGAUGUGAAUGGUUGUAUUGACAUAAAGAAUCGAACUCGGGAUCAACUGCUCAAGAUGUUUCCUAACCUGAAGUGCUUCAAAGUGCAUAGCUGAUGUUUGGUUGUUUGGAUUCAAAUCUUUCUUCGGGAGCAUAUAUCACCACACUAGGUCUUUCUAAUGCAGUGGUGCAACAUAAUCUGUUGUUAAAACAGCCCUGCUUAUCAUAUUUUGAGGACUCACAAUUCUGUCAUCUCCGAUGCUUUCUGUCUCCCCUGCAUACCCAGUCAACUGCUCAUGCAAGAGGUUAAAAAUUGCUAUUUAGGCAUCGAGCUCUCAUCAACCAUUCCUAUGCGCUACUAAACUUCAAUUGAAAAUGUUUUUUCCUUUGCCUUUGCAGAAGGUUUCCAACUUGACAUGUAUGAUAUAACUCUUGCAUUUCUUUUCUUCAAUCGAAAGAAUAGAAAGCAAUGACAUCAAUCCUUAUCUGUGUGGGCACACGUGGAAUGCAUGACUGAUAAGCUUGGGACGGUAAUCAGGGCGGAUUUUACCAACUUUCCCUUUUUGGUUGUUCCAAAAAACCUUGCCACUUUCAUAUUAAAGCAACUAAUUUUUUGUCCUGCACAUUUCUCAACUCUGCACAAAUUUCAACUAUACAGUUUUCACUAUUUUUAUUUCUCAUCUACUUUACAUUUGACAAAGUCAACCGGGACAGAGGUAGUAUAGUGUGUGUGUAUGGAAGAUUUCAAAUAAAAAGAGGUGCUCCCGUGCAAAGUGUGAACAUUUGCAUUUUUGUCCUCACAGCGUUGCACUAUUUCAUGUUUUCAGGUGCACUUUUUCGCGGUGGCAGAAAACUUCGAUUUAUUUACCAAAUUGCCUUCACGUUUUUUUAUCAAAUUUAGUGUAUUUUUGGCUCAAUUUGAGUCAUUAGAUCUUAAAAUGAAUGCACGAGAUUAAUUCUCACUUUGCAUUGGAAGACCUCUUUGUGUUUGAACUCUCC